AUGGUACAUCAUCAACAACAAAAUAAAAGUAAGCAACAACAACAGCAGUCGGGAAGUAAAAUGAAUGGGGAUAAUGGGAUGAGUCGUUCAUCAUCCACCGAUAGUAAUGGUUUCCCGGUAAAAGAUUCCGAUGCAAUCAAACUCUUUGUUGGACAAAUUCCACGUAAUUUGGAAGAAAAAGACUUACGGCAUUUGUUUGAAACUUUCGGCAAAAUCUAUGAAUUUACAAUUCUGAAAGACAAAUACACAGGUUUACACAAAGGUUGUGCAUUCCUAACGUACUGCCAUCGCGACAGUGCUAUCAGAUGUCAGGCUGCUUUACACGAUCAGAAGACACUGCCAGGAAUGAAUCGAGCAAUGCAAGUAAAACCAGCGGAUAAUGAGAGUCGUCCUGAUUCACCAAAAAAUGCUGAAGAGAGGAAACUUUUUGUCGGUAUGCUUUCCAAACAACACAGCGAAGAUGAUGUCCGCUCCUUAUUUGCUCCGUUCGGUGUUAUUGAUGAGGUGACUGUACUUCGUGGUGCCGAUGGUCUAUCAAAAGGAUGCGCAUUCGUCAAAUUUGCAACACAUUCACAAGCUGCAAUGGCAAUUAAUGCCCUUCAUGGUAGCCAAAUGAUGCCAGGUGCCUCCUCAUCCUUGGUCGUCAAAUUUGCUGAUACGGAAAAGGAGCGACAAUUACGUCGAAUGCAACAAAUGGCUGCGCAAAUGGGUUUACUAAAUCCGGUACUUGUUAAUCAAGCCGGCAUUUAUAAUACAGCAUAUCAACAGCUGCUCCAACAGCAAGCAACCCUUGUAGCAGCGCAAACAGCGGCAGCUGCUUAUUUCCCGGUCGCUAUGGCACCGCAAACAGCGGUAGGUUUCUCCAAACGUGAUUAUCCAUCCAAUUGUGUGUUUCAAGCAUAUUUUCAGCUAGCAGCAGGAUUGGCAGGAACAACAAAUCCGGCAACAUUCCUGACACAGCAUCCCUUGCAGCCACUUUCAGCACUUCCGUUACAACAAGCUAACUCUGUUCAAGCAAUUUCCGCAUUAUCACAACCUUAUGCACCUGUUGAUUAUGCCGCGGCUGCAGCUGCAACCGUCACACAAUAUGCACCCUCAAGUACUGCAGCAGCAGUAGCUAUUGAUUCGACGGCAUAUACACUGCCAGCUAGCGGAACGUUACCUGCCGGAACAAUUCCUGCGGUUACAUUGCCUUCAGCUUACAAUCCUCUGGUCAAUCUUGAACAGCAAGCAAAUCCAUACAAUCAAGCCUUGCAACAAGCAAUUGCCCUUCAGCAAGCGGCUAUUCUUUUUCCAGGUGCCCAAAAAGAAGUUUUGGGUCCGGAAGGGUGCAAUUUAUUCAUCUAUCAUUUACCGCAGGAAUUUGGUGAUGCUGAACUGAUGCAAAUGUUUAUGCCUUUCGGGCAUGUGAUAAGUGCUAAAGUCUUCAUUGACCGAGCAACCAAUCAGAGUAAAUGUUUUGGUUUCGUCUCCUACGACAACACCGCCUCAGCAAUGGCAGCAAUUCAGGCAAUGAAUGGCUUCCAAAUUGGCAUGAAACGACUCAAAGUGCAAUUGAAGCGUCCUAGAGAUAAACCGUACUGA